UUCCUCCUCCAUAACCAUACCUCCAACAAGGUGAAGAAGAGAGCGCCUGCCCUCUUCUACCUUGUUCUCAACUUUGAGUAAUUCGGUUUUUGUUUGCUACAUCUUCGAGAAUUCGCAAAGAUGGCAGGACCAGACGCCCGUUUCAAUUCCAAAACCACGGGUUAUGUGUUUGCAUGUUGGAUUAUUGCUGCCUUUGGUGGCUUAAUGUUUGGUUAUGACAUAGGAAUUUCUGGGGGAGUGUCCGCUAUGGACGAUUUCUUGAUCAAAUUUUUCCCACAAAUUCAUGAAAAAAAGCUUCAUGCAAAGGAAGACAAUUACUGCAAGUACGAUGAUCAAAUGCUCCAGCUUUUCACAUCUUCCCUCUACCUCGCUGCACUAGUCGCCAGCUUCGGUGCAUCAAAGGCCUGUACUGUAUUAGGUCGCAAACCCACAAUCCUAGUUGCAUCAGCCUUUUUCUUGAUCGGAGCCGGUUUAAGUGCAGGAGCUCAAGUUAAAUGGAUGCUCAUUCUUGGGAGGAUUUUUUUUGGAAUUGGAGUAGGAUUUGGCAAUGAGGCUGUUCCUGUGUUCUUGUCAGAGGUUGCACCGGUCCAUCAACGUGGGGCUGUGAACAUUCUCUUCCAACUCUUUAUAACAAUUGGAAUUCUGAUUGCAAAUCUUGUGAACUAUGCCACAUCAUCAAUGCAUCCAUACGGAUGGAGGGUAUCUCUAGGAGUAGCAGCUGUUCCUGCCGUGGUCCUAUUUUUUGGUUCAUUGGUGAUCACUGAAACACCGACGAGUCUGGUUGAACGCGGGAAGGAUCAUGUAGGUAAAGCAGCACUGAAGAAGAUCAGGGGUGUGGACGAUGUUGAUGCUGAAUUCGAACAGAUUGUGGAUGCCUGUGAGCAAGCCAAACUAGUCAAGCAUCCAUUCAGGAGCCUCAUGAAGAAGCAGAGCAUGCCCCCAUUGAUCAUUGGCAUUAUGUUGCAAGUGUUCCAGCAGUUCACUGGUAUUAAUGCCAUCAUGUUCUACGCCCCCGUUCUAUUCCAAACCAUGGGAUUCAAGAAUGAUGCUUCCUUACUGUCCGCAGUCAUCACUGGGAUUGUCAAUGUGGGCAGCACUUUCGUUUCAAUCAUCUUUGUUGACAAGCUUGGAAGAAGAAAAUUACUUCUCCAAGCUUGUGUCCAGAUGUUAAUAUGCCAGGUGGCAAUUGGAUCAAUUUUGCAUGUGCACUUGAAAGCCACAGGCUCAACACUUGACAAAGGACUAGCUGCUGUUGUGGUGGUGCUAGUGUGCUUGUAUGUGAUGUCGUUCGCGUGGUCAUGGGGACCUCUAGGUUGGUUGAUACCCAGUGAGACAUUCCCUCUGGAGACGAGAACAGCAGGGUUUGCAUUUGCUGUUAGCACCAACAUGUUGUUCACAUUCAUCAUUGCUCAGGCAUUCUUGUCAAUGCUGUGCCAUAUGAAAGCCUUUAUAUUCUUCUUCUUCUCGGCUUGGAUUUUCAUCAUGGGGAUGUUUGUGUUGUUCCUCUUGCCGGAGACAAAGGGUGUGCACAUCGAUUCCAUGGCUGAUAAGGUCUGGAAGCAACAUCCAGUCUGGAAGAAGUUUAUGGACUAGUUAAGUCAAGUCCAGAAAAUUAAAUUGUCUGAAUAUCACAACUUGUGACAAUGAAAUUGUAGCCUCUUUGCUUUGAAGCUUUCUGUUUGAAAUUUGUUAAUGUUCAUGGAAA